CAGCGAGCGUGAUGGGCUCUAUGUAUAACGAUGAAGGGAUGGGUUCCACCGGCUCACAGCAUGAGAACUGCGUGGAGUUCAACCUCGGUGGAGAAUCCCCCCUGCCGUCUGUGUCGAACAGCCCGGUGAGCAGCCCGGUGAACAAGCUGAAGAAUAACGAGAGCACUCUGUCCUUGGAUGGUGACAUUGCGAGAGACCUGUUCAAGAAGGAGAGGAAUACACUGGUGCCUACUGUGCACUUGCCAGUACCCGUGGUGGAUCCCAGUAAGAAGCACAAGGGUAAGAAGGGUAAGGAGAGCGCGCUUCCUAUUCAGGAACAAGCUGAAGAUGAAGAUGGGUGGCAGGAUAUGGGGACUGCGAACGAUGACGUUGUGUUUGGAGAGAAGGGUGAAGUUGUUGUGGAUACACAGGAUAAUGAAGAAGUACACGCCUCUGCUGAGGCGUACGGGUACACGAGAAUCGCUGCUGAAGAAGAGGCAAAGAUGUACCACGAAUCCGACAAGAAGACCAACUUCUUGUUCAAGGCAUCUUCGCCGAAGAGGUCCGCAGCUGUUGUGCAAGACAGGAAUGCUGAAAAGGAUACAAUCAAUGGUGACGAUGACGACGACGAUGACGACGAUGUUUCCAGUAUAGAUGAACUAUACGACGUGCAUAGAGAAGAUCACACUGCAAUUGAUCAGCUGAAAACUACAAAGAAGCUACUUACAGAUGCUGAAAAGCUGGCGUACUUGGGCCUGGUGAAACUGGUGAUGAACGAAAUGGCUACACAGCUAGCGACUUGGGGUGCGCUCAAGUACUGCCAUUCUGCUAGAUCGAAAUUCGCCAAACGUAUGAUCACCGCACAGACCAUGAUGGGUACGUGGUCCAAAACGAUGCUGGAAAGAUUAUAUGCGCAUUUGGAUGUUUCAGAGGAAGAGGCCAAGAUGCUCGACAACUUGGUGCGCCAUGGCAUUGAGCCACUUGAUCUAUCAAGAUCGUUGAAAGGCACCUCAUGGAUAGAUAAUCCAUCAUAUGUUAAGUCGUCUAAAUCUCAAGAGAACAUAAACGUCACCUGGACGGCUAUCUGUGACCUGUUUCUUGUUCUCGUGGCAGACUCCAUCUACGAUGCAAGAUCUCGUACUCUUCUGAUCAACUUUGCCCGGUAUUUAGACGUUGAACCAACUGAUAUCUACCAGUUUGAGAGAAGAAUCACCGAUGCCUUACAAUUGGAAGAUGCCUCUGACCAAGUCUGGGACGAGAAAGAUAUCCUAAAGGAUAGACGUAGACGUCAGAGAAGGAAAAAGUACAUGUACGUUGGUCUUGCCACUGUUGGUGGUUCGUUGGUUCUUGGGUUAAGUGCCGGGUUGUUGGCACCAGUUAUCGGUGCUGGUUUCGCCGCUGGUUUGGCAACAAUCGGUAUAUCUGGAACUAGUGGGUUCUUAGCCGGUGCAGGUGGUACUGCACUUGUUACUAUCGGUGGUACAGCUAUCGGUGCAAGAGUUGGUUCCUCUGGUAUGCUAAAGAGAGUUGCUGAUGUUAAAACUUUCGAGUUUGUUCCCCUACACAACAACAAGAGAACCAAUUUGAUCAUUACAGUCUCUGGAUGGAUGAAUUCGAAGGCUGAUGAUAUCAGACUGCCGUUCUCGACUGUUGAUCCUGUGAUGGGAGAUCUCUUUUCUCUGCUCUGGGACCCAGAGAUUCUUCAGUCCACUGGCCAGACAAUGACGAUUCUUGCAUCUGAAGCUCUCACUCAAUCAAUUCAACAAAUCUUGGGUGUCACUGUGCUUAUGGCCUUGAUGAGUGCGAUUCAAAUCCCCAUGAUGCUUUCUAAACUCAGUUACCUCAUCGAUAAUCCUUGGAACGUUUCGCUUGAUAGAGCGUGGAAGGCUGGUCUGAUUUUAGCCGAUACUCUGGUCUCGAGAAAUUUAGGUGUUCGUCCAGUGACACUGCUCGGGUUCUCCUUAGGCUCAAGAGUGAUCUACUCGUGCCUACUGGAGCUGGCUAAAAGAGGUGCACAUGGUCUUGUUGAAAACGUCCUACUCUUUGGUUCUCCAGUGGUUGGUUCUGACGAGCAAUUGCUGCUAGCCAGAUCAGUUGUCUCUGGUCGUUUUGUCAAUGGGUAUUCCAAGAAGGAUUGGAUCUUGGGUUAUCUCUUCCGAGCCACCAGUGGUGGUCUUGGCCGUGUUAUGGGUCUAUCCCAAAUUGAAAACAUUGACGGUAUCGAAAACUUUGACUGCACAACUUUUGUAUCUGGGCAUAUGGGAUAUCGUACUUCCAUGCCGAAACUUUUGAAAGAGCUCGGAAUCGGUGUCUUGAAGGACGAGUUUGUUGAGAUUGAUGAUCCAGAUCCAGAAACUACUGAACGUCAGAGGAAAUUGGUGUUGGAGUUCGAUGAGAUGAGGAAACAGAUAGAAAAGGAACAAGCCACGGGUGGUCAUAGUAAGAAGAAGGGUAUAUUCUCUAAAUGGUUCAAACCAAAAACAAAGAAGGAAUGGUGGCAAAGCUAUAUUGAUGCCAAAAUUCAAAGUGAUGAUAAGCUUGCUCAGGAUUCUGACGGUGAAAUGGAUGUCGUUGACCAAAUUGCCUAUAUACAGCGACAUACUGAAGGUACUGUCAAUGAAGAGGAGGAUCUGGCUGAACGAGACGAUUUGCAAGAUGAGAUUACUGCAGACUCUCUUUCUGUAACUAAUCCUGCCAAACCUGAGCUGACUACAACUGAAACAGUCCAUUCCAGAGAGAAGACCGAAACGGGAAAGUCUGAGCAGCACACUGCUACUACAAGCUCCAGUGAAGUAAAUCUUCAUGAGACAACCUCGACAGGUUCAUCGAAAGUGCCUGACAACACUGAUAAACCAAGAUCAACUGCAUUAGCCGACCUCGAUGAUGAUGACUUUACGGGAACUUCUGAGAACAUAACCAUGACAUUCGGAUGA